AUGGGCGCAGUGCGACACCCCUGGGGCUGGUUCCUGGGGUACCUCCUCACCCUGGGUGUCACAGGACCCCAAGUCUCCGGCAGUGGGAGCCAGAUUAUAAACGGUGAGGACUGCCACCCCUACUCACAGCCCUGGCAGGCUGCCCUGUUCGCUGACAAUGAGUUUUUCUGCUCCGGCGUCCUGGUGCACCCGCAGUGGGUGCUGUCGGCUGCACACUGCAUCCAGGAUGCUUACACGGUGGGGCUGGGCCUGCACAGCCUGCAGGCGGAGCAGGAGCCGGGCAGCCACAUGCUGGAGGCCACCCUGUCCAUCCAGCACCCGGAGUACAACAGCCCCUUCCUGGCCAAUGACCUCAUGCUCAUCAAGCUGAAGCGGCCGGUGGUCCAGUCGCCCAACAUCCGGACCGUCAGGGUGGCCUCCCAGGUGCCAGUCGCCGGGGAAUCGUGUCUCGUGUCCGGCUGGGGUCUUCAGCGGAACGGCAUGCUGCCCGGCGUACUGCAGUGCGUGAACAUCUCGUUGGUGUCCGAGGAGCUGUGCCGGGAGUUCUAUGGCCGCCUGUACCACCCCAGCAUGCUGUGCGCGGGCGGGGGACCAGACCUGAAGGAUUCAUGCAAUGGUGACUCAGGGGGCCCCCUGAUCUGCAAGGGGACCCUACAGGGCUUGGUGUCUUUUGGCCAAGCCCAGUGUGGCCAGCCGGGCUGGCCCAGCGUCUACACCAACCUGCACAAGUUCAGAGCCUGGAUAGACAGUGUCAUCCGGACCAGCUAG